GACGACAUCCGUCUCAUGACAUCAUCUAGCAACAACGCUUAUAGUGAUGAAAGAAACCCUUACUAGCGGACGCAUAAUCGCAGCUCCGAUAUAAAACAUAACAAAACGAAACAUGCAGAGUAUCAUACAACAGCUACGCCGUCAGAUAUGGGGAGGAGACACUUCCGGUAAGUUUACAGACCGGAUCGGAAGUGUGCCGCUCUUCGACAUUAUGCAGGGGUUCAGUUACGGUUGGGAAGCCAGGGUAGAUGCGCCAGAAGUAAACACAUCUACUCACCCUACUAAUGUCAGCUACACACACCAAUUCAAAGACAGUGAUAAAAGCGAUGAUGGAGAUAAUGGUGGCAACAACAACAACAGCGUAGAUCAGGUCGAUCCAGAUCUGUUGACCUACGUAACGGUUAAAACAACUCCGGCUCAGCGGUACUACUCGCUGAGUGAUGUAGACGAAGAAGAUGGAGAGGAAUUUAAUGACGCUGAUAAUGAGUCCGAUGAUGAGGACCAGGUCUUUGUCCGGAGCAUAGACGAUGAUGAUGAUUCUCAUUAUUUUAUUAAUAUGAUUAGACAUUAUUAAAAUUUGCAUGUUGUA